AUGACCCAAGAAAACCAAACUUCAACAACAGCUGUCAGCCUUCGUCCUAUUGUGGUUUCAGGUCCUUCAGGGACGGGAAAAUCUACAUUAUUAAAACGUCUUUUUGAAGAAUAUCCCAAUAAAUUUGGAUUUAGUAUAUCACAUACUACACGUUCACCUCGACCUGGAGAACAAAAUGGUCGUGAAUAUCAUUUUGUGCCCCGAGAAAAGUUUUUUGAAUUGAUUAAACAAAAUAAAUUUAUAGAACAUGCAGAAUUUUCUGGGAAUUUAUAUGGGACUAGUGUGGAUGCUGUUAAAGCUGUGGCAGAUCUAGGAAAAAUUUGUAUACUAGAUAUAGAAUUACAAGGUGUUAAAUCUGUCAAGAAAACAGAUUUGAAUGCAAGAUAUUUAUUUAUUGCACCACCAUCAAUAGAAGUUCUUGAAUCACGUCUUCGAAAACGUGGCACAGAAACAGAAUCUUCCAUCGAGGCACGUCUAAAAGCAGCCAAAGAAGAAUUGGAAUAUGCAGACCUAGAAGGAUCUCAUGAUUUCAUUGUUAUUGGCUUAGGUUUAGUAAAAUGA